AGAGCUCCGCGUCCCGGCCCACCCGCUGCUCUCCGGUUGAGUGGCACUUUACUCUUCCCGACCCCCUUCCUCUCUCUGAUUGGACUGUUCGUUCAGUCACUCUGUCCCGCUGCCUAUCAGCUUCCGGUUCUGUUCGGAUUGGGUCGGGUGUAAAGAUCGUACACGCCGCCGCUCCCUAUGCCCAAACAAAAUAAUCCUGUGGUGCUAGGUGUGUCGAUAGGGCCCAGUCAGGCCCCUGUGCCUGGGAUAGAUUAUAGGCCUUCUCCCGUACCCUAUCUCCCUGCCUGCUGAGGGGCCGUCUGCAUCCCAGCGAGAGCCGUCAGGAGAGGGGCGCGGAAGGACACCACAGGCCGUUGUGGGGUGUUCUGAGACGAGAGUGACAGAAGUAGUAGUUCCGGCUCCGCCUUGUGCCUCCUUUCCCAAAAAUAGCGCCCAGCGGGUAUCCGUGCGCCGGUGUCAGUGUCUCCCGAGGAGCCUCAGCGGGGAGGAGGCAGCGGCAGUAGCGGGGUGCAGUGGACGGGAUUUUAUAACAAGAAGCAGCAACCUUUUCAUCGAGUGGAAGACGAAACAGUGGAAAAGAACUGUGUACCAUGUGUUAGUAUAUUGAAGAGUGGGAAUUCUUGGUUUAGUGUGUUUUUGGAUUGUAAAAAGGGAAAGGAAAGGAGAGAGUGAAAAUGGGAAGGAAGAAAAUACAAAUCACAAGAAUAAUGGACGAACGGAACAGACAGGUGACUUUUACGAAGAGGAAAUUUGGAUUAAUGAAGAAGGCAUACGAACUUAGUGUGCUCUGUGACUGUGAAAUAGCACUCAUCAUUUUUAACAGCUCUAAUAAACUCUUUCAGUAUGCCAGCACUGAUAUGGACAAAGUUCUACUCAAAUACACAGAAUACAAUGAACCCCAUGAGAGCAGAACCAACUCGGAUAUUGUUGAGGCUCUGAACAAGAAGGAACACAGAGGGUGUGACAGCCCGGACCCUGACACUUCAUAUGUGCUCACGCCACAUACAGAAGAAAAAUAUAAAAAAAUUAAUGAAGAGUUUGAUAAUAUGAUGCGGAAUCAUAAAGUCGCACCUGGCUUGCCUCCCCAGAAUUUUUCAAUGUCUGUUACGGUUCCAGUGUCCAAUCCCAAUACUUUAACCUACAGUAACCCAGGGAGUUCCCUUGUAUCCCCAGCACUGGCAUCCAGUUCAUCAUUAACAGACACGACCAUGCUCUCCCCACCUCAGGCCACAUUACAUCGAAAUGUAUCACCCGGAGCCCCUCAGAGACCGCCAAGUACUGGCAAUGCAGGUGGUAUUUUGGGUGCUGCAGAUCUCACAGUGCCAAAUGGAGCUGGUACCAGUCCAGUGGGAAAUGGAUUUAUUAACUCUCGAGCUUCACCAAGCCUGCUAGGAACCACUGGUGGUGGGAAUGGAUUGGGCAAAGUUAUGCCUACAAAGUCUCCGCCUCCACCCGGAGGAGGUAAUCUUGGAAUGAACAAUCGCAAACCAGACCUUCGUGUUGUCAUCCCACCUUCCAGCAAGGGCAUGAUGCCUCCAUUGAAUACCCAAAGGAUAAGCAGUUCUCAGUCUACACAGCCUCUUGCUACCCCUGUGGUGUCUGUGACAACUCCAAGCUUGCCUCCACAGGGACUUGUGUAUUCAGCCAUGCCUACUGCCUACAAUACUGAUUACUCCUUGACUAGUGCAGACCUGUCUGCCCUGCAGGGCUUUAACUCCCCAGGAAUGCUGUCUUUAGGACAGGUAUCUGCCUGGCAACAGCACCAUCUAGGGCAAGCAGCCCUCAGCUCUCUUGUUGCUGGAGGCCAGUUAUCUCAGGGUUCAAAUUUAUCCAUUAAUACCAACCAAAACAUCAAUAUAAAGUCCGAACCAAUUUCACCUCCACGGGACCGUGUGACUUCAUCUGGGUUCCCUCCGCAGCAGCAUCAAUCACGGCAGGAAAUGGGUCGUUCCCCUGUUGACAGUCUCAGUAGUUCCAGCAGUUCUUAUGAUGGCAGUGAUCGGGAGGACCCAAGAAGUGAUUUCCAUUCACCUGUUGGGAUGGGAAGACCACCAAAUACAGAAGAUAGAGAGAGCCCAUCAGUGAAACGAAUGAGAGUGGACACGUGGGCGACAUAAACUUUCAGCAUUGCCACUUCUAUUUUGUGUUAUCACAGUGAACUGUCCUGACAUAUCUAAAUAUAUAAAUAAGGACAUGAAAUAAAUAUAUUUAUAUGUAUAUACAUACAUACAUAUAUAUAUCUUCACAUGUGUAUAUAUAUAUAUGUGCGAGUGUAUGUAGCAUACACAAAAUCAUCAGGCACUUACUACGUACUCCUUGUAUAGCAGCAGAUGUCCCAUGGUAAAAAUAUAAUGAAACAAUCCUAUAGGCAUUGGUCUAGUCUGGCACUUACCUGGACAUGCUGUUUUAAUAAUAGAACCUGUUCUGCAAAGAAACAUUGUACCUGUCUAUAAUCCUGCCACAGUAGAUUGCAGAAACCAAGAGGGCUCCCCUGUAGUAAUGUCCCCAUGUGUUUUAUUAAAGCCGUAUAGUUACUUGUAGUUAAGAAACAAUGCUUUGUAGCAGCAGAGCAGUAGAAAAGCAGGAAAAAGAAAGCAAUACUGUACAUAAAAUGUCCUUUAUAUUACCCAACCUGGCAUGGGUCUCUGUUGCAGAGGGUGCAUGGCGAAGGGCUGCAGGUAUAAAAACCUGUUUUGCACGUGCAAAAAAAAUGUAUUGGGUCAAAGAAGUGAUUCUUAAUUUAAAAAAAAAAAGUGAAAG